CCUUCACAGGGAUACACAUUCAAACUUACUGUCAUACUCCAUGCAGAAAGAUCAGCUGGGAUUCGAACCUGUGACCUUGCUGCAAUGGAACUGAGAAAACCAAUGUUCCACCUUGCAGCUCAACACAACUUCUAAAGCCUAAAAAUGAAAAAGUAAAAAUUAAAUUAUAUCUGAUAUAUGUAGGCGAAAGGGGAAAAAACUACUGUUACCUUAUUGAUCCCAUUCGGCAGCAGCUCGUCAUCCCUCGUUGCUUUCCGUAACCCCGCCUCCUAGUCCUCCCACCGACGUUGUCAGGGGCAACUAGGAGAGACGCUUUUUUUACUCACACAGGAGGGUACACAACCGCUGAAAACGGCCCGUGUUUCGUUAUUUUAGUUUGUCUGGACAAGAGUUUCGUUCAUGUAAAAAAGUGACACAAAAGUAUUUCACCCAGCUGGCACCAUCACUUGUGUUUAUACAGAGAGGGGGGACAUGGCGGUGUAUUUUGACUACCGUAUCGAGGCACCUGAAAGCAGCGAUGUGCCCUCUCACCUCACAUGGCACUCGAGCUUUCCCCUGUUGGCUGUGGCUUCUAGCAGCCCUGCUUCUGGAGGCAGCGUGAACCUCUACCUACAGCAGGGAGAGCAAGUGGAGAGCUGCCAUGUAGAGCGACCCCAACAGCCCACUAAUUUGCGCUGGCACCCCUUAAAACCAGUAUUGGCACUGGGCUGGGAGAAUGGAGAGGUAGUCCUGCUGACACACCCAUCUGGAGAUCAGACGGUUCUGCCCAGCUCACACACAUCCUGCAUCACAUUGUUGGAGUGGAGCACCUCUGGUAGCCGUCUUGUAACUGGUGAUCAGACUGGUGUUCUAGCAGUAUGGAAGUUAGAUGCCAGAGGAAGACUUAUAGGAAACCAUCUAAUCAGGCAUGAAUACAACAAACCUUUAACUUCCUGCCUCUUCAAACCCGCCUCUCCUGGCGAUGAUGUGCUGAUGUUAGCUCGGGCGUCAGUGAGUGGAGAUGAAAAUGCUCUAGACAUGUUCAGCUGGAAUGGUGCACCUCUGAAGAUGGGCCCACAGGAAGGACUUGCAUUCUAUGUCGGCACUGCUGAUGGGAAAGUCCAUGUUGUGGAUGAGCAUUGUCAGACCAGCACUCUUCUCACCAUAGAAGGCUCCAUCAAGAAACUUUUCUAUUUUGAGAAAAGAAAGGUGUUUGCUGUGAUCACAGAGAAUCUGAUGUUGUCACAAUACAUGCUGGGACCUGAAGGUGGAGCUCAGGAAUUCAUGAAGGUAAAGCUGAGCAGCAAGGCUGGGCAGAACGUUGAUAUUAUUUGGACAGAGAACAGCUUCCUCAUUACAGCGACUGGAGAACAAAUAAUCAGACUGUGGGACCUGGAAAGGGAUGACAACUAUAGUUUGUCUCUUGAUGAAACGUUGGGCUUUGAGAGGGGAGAGAUGAUAAACUGUGUUGCAUACUGUGCAGCAAAAGAAAUCCUGGCAGCUGGUACCUCCCAUGGGCACAUAGCAAUAUGGAAGAUGGUGGUGCAGCCAAACAGCAGCAGCAGAGAAACAAAGAUCCUGUGGAAAUUACAAGCACCCACAGAAAUAGAAGGAAAUGUCCUUCAGCUACAGUGGGGCUCCUGCCAGAACCUUUUGGCAGCCAAUAAUUCAAAGACGGUGCUGAUUCUAAGUGAGCACGUGAUGUCCGCCCACUUCAGCCAGCAGGUGUCAGCAGUGCAGCUCACCCCAACACAGGUCAUCAUCACUCAGUUCUCCACUGGAGCGCAGCUUGCUCUCAUGUCUGAUAUGCACAUCAAAGGAGUGUGUGUUAGCAAGGACUCGGUGACAGUCUGGAACGGUAAAGUAGUCACAGUUUAUGAGCUCUCAGGAACAACUUUACGCAGCACAGGAUCAUUUUCUUGUGAUUCCCAAGUGGUAGCCAUGCAUGGUGAGAACCUCUACACUGUAGAACCAAACAGGGUUCAAAUCCGUACACCGCAGGGCACAGUGAAACAACUCUUAACGUUCUCCAAGACAGAGGGAAACCCUGUGCUCCUCAGUGUGUGCCAGUCCUACCUGGUGGUGGGCACAGACACGGCGCACAUCAGAGUUUUUGACCUUUCUAGAAGAGAUGCCAAAGCUUCCUGUAGCGCUAAGAACCUGGCAGACCAGAUUUCCAAUCUGGGAGCUCUGAGGUCUGUCAAUUGCAACGCCAAUGGCAGCCAAGUUAGCAUACUAAUCUCUAAGGUAAAUGGACGACCUGAUCACAAAGUGUACUUUUAUGACGUUGAGAUGGACACCGUGACACACUUUGACUUCUUCACUGGAAGGCCAUCUAGUGGCGUCUUACAGUCAGAAGAAAGUGAAAAGCAGAAGUUUCAGGAGACAGAGUGUAGCGGUCGCCGUCCUGUGUCUCAUUUCUGGGACCAGAGUGAACCUCGUCUUUUUGUUUGUGAAACGGUGCCAGUCAGCUCUGAGUCCUCAUCGAAUGGUUACCUAGAAAUGGUGGACGUGUCAGUAGUGACACUCUUUUGUACACAAGAACACGGACUCCUCCUACAGGACUACUUCCCUAAACCUUCAGGUCUACAAGCCCUACUUGCUCUGGACGUACCCUACUAUUAUUUCAGCUGCAAGCCAGGUGAGAGCGAUCCAUGCUCAUCAUCACCUUCAGAUGAGAGUCAACCAACUAGAGGAGCUCCUGCCAACUUGCCCCAUAUGGUGUCCAGGCGGGCCCUUAGAGACUUUGUGGGCCUAGAGAACUGUGAGAAGGCCACUCGUGACGCCAUGCUGAACUUCAGCUUCUACCUGACCAUUGGUGACAUGGACGAAGCUUUUAAGUCUAUCAAGCUCAUCAAAAGUAAAGCAGUAUGGGAAAACAUGGCACGGAUGUGUGUGAAAACCCGCCGGUUGGACGUAGCACAAGUGUGCCUGGGGAAUAUGGGGAAUGCCAGAGCAUCAAAGGCGGUGAAGGGGGCGGAGGCGGAGCCUGAACCAGAAGCCCAAGUGGCAAUGUUAGCCAUUCAGCUGGGCAUGCUGGAAGAUGCAGAGAAGUUGUACAAGAGCUGUCAGCGCUAUGACCUGCUGAACACCUUCUACCAGGCCUCUGGCCAAUGGCAGCAGGCUCUGGAGACGGCUGAAACUCACGAUCGCAUCCACCUGCGCACAUCCUACUACAGCUAUGCCAGAUACCUGGAGUCCAUGGGCGAUAAGACAUUGGCGCUUGCUUAUUAUGAGAAAUCAGACACACACAGGGUGGAGGUGCCCAGAAUGCUUCAGGACGACUCGUCAUCUCUGGAGAUCUACGUCAACAAAAUGAAAGAUAAGAACAUCUAUAAGUGGUGGGCCCAGUACCUGGAGAGCCAGUCAAACAUGGAGGAAGCGCUGCAGCACUAUGAGCUCGCUCAGGAUUUUCUUUCCCUGGUUCGAGUCCACUGCUACAUGGGGGACAUUCACCAGGCAUCCGAGAUAGCCAAUAAUACGGGAGACAGAGCAGCAUCGUAUCACUUAGCCAGAUAUUAUGAGGGUCGAGAUGACAUCACGCAAGCAGUUCACUUCUUUACGCGAGCUCAGGCCUACAACAACGCCAUCCGGCUUUGUAAGGAGAACGGUCUAGAUGAUCAGCUGAUGAACCUGGCUCUGCUCAGUAACCCUGAGGACAUGAUGGAGGCUGCCUGCUACUACGAGGAGAAAGGCACGCACAUGGACCGGGCUGUCGCACUUUAUCACAAGGCCGGUUACGUCUCCAAAGCUCUGGAGUUGGCCUUUGCCUCUGACCAGUUGUCUGCUCUCCAGCUCAUCGCAGAGGACCUGAAUGAGAACUCUGACCCCAUACUCCUGGCUCGCUGUUCUGACUUUUUUAUCCAACACUCCCAGUAUGAGAAGUCAGUGGAGUUGCUGGUUGCAGCCAAGAAGUACCAUGAGGCUCUGGAGCUGUGUUUGGCCCAAAACCUGACAAUCACCGAGGUUCUGGCUGAGAGUAUGACUGCGACAGACUCAAAGGUCGUGUCUGAAGAGGCCCGCAAAGAGCUGCUGGAGAAGAUAGCUGACUGCUGCAUGCGUCAGGGCAACUACCACCUGGCCACGAAGAAAUACACCCAGGCUGGCAACAAGCUCAUGGCAAUGAGAGCACUCCUCAAGUCAGGAGACACAGAGAAAAUCAUUUUCUUUGCCAACGUUUGUCGUCAGAAGGAGCUGUUCAUCAUGGCUGCCAACUACCUCCAGUCUCUGGACUGGCGUGAAAGCCCAGAGAUCUUAAAGACCAUCAUUGGUUUCUACACCAGAGGCAAAGCACCGGAGCUGCUCGCUGGCUUCUACGAAGCCUGUGCUCAGGUGGAGAUUGACGAUUACCAAAACUAUGAAAAGGCUCUGAAUGCUUUAACGGAGGCCUUCAAGUGUUUGUCCAAAGCUAAAGACUCUUCAGGAGGACAACAAGAAGUAAGACUAGCGGACCUUCAUAACAAGAUCAGCCUCAUCAAGAAGUUUGUCCACAUCCGCAGUUUGUACUCCAAGGAUGCCGACGAGGCGGUUCUGUUAUGUGAAGCUCUGCUGGAGGAACCAGAACUGGACCCUGCUGUCAGGAUCGGAGAUGCUUUUGGUUUCCUUAUAGAGCACCACUGUCAGCAGAGGAAUUUCCAAACGGCCUACCGGAAGUUGGAGGAGCUGCAGAAACUUCUUCCCUCACAAAAUGUCAGAUAUUACAUCAGCCAGUCAAGCUUCAAUGCCCUGCAAAAAGAGAUGGGAAUACCUGCGAAAGUCGACCUCGGGAAAAAUCAGAACGAGGACGACGAGGUAGAGGAGGAGCUGCAUGAGUCUUAGCGUCAUUCUUUACCAUUUUCAUAUAAAAAGGCAUUUUCACACUGAAUGAAACUGCAGUUUUAUUUAAAUUUAAUCUGAUUUACUUGCUGAGCAGAAAAAAACUCAUGCUCAUUUGCAAACCAGUUUUGAAUAGAAAGAUGAUUUUGAAAUACAUUUUCAAAAUAAUAAUAAUUAAGAAAGCGGCUUAUGUACAGGAUGGAUGAAAGUUGCAUUAAUAUGAGUUUAUUUGUAGUUUUUGAGCAGCUUUUGCACCAAAAGGUUCAACUUGAUAAACAGAUUUUGCCUUCAAGUUAAAUCAGUCUUUUUGUGGUUUUCAUGCAUUUUAUACUAAAUGUUUCUAACUGAAUUGAUUUAAAAAGAUUCUGUGUCAAAAUGUCCAAAUCUGUCCUACAUUUUGCAGCUAUUUUUGAUAAUCAUCUCUAUUUGUAACUGGCACUAUUUAUCUGAUACAUGGUGAAGUUCAUAUAAUAAAAGAGACUUUUAAACAUGA